AUGGCUGACAACAUCAGUAAUAAUAAUUUGUCGCAAAUUAUUAAAGAGCAAUUUUCAUCAUCGCAAUUUGUUGAACAACUGGCAAAGUCUAUUGUUAGUUCUGAUAUAUUCAUCAAUUCUAUUAUAAAUGUAAUUAAAGAAGCCACAGAAAAACAGCAAGAACAAAUUGGUCAAUUAACACAACAUGCAAUGGAAUCACAGCUGAAUACGGUUGUAAUGCGUGUUAAUGAUCAUGAUCAGUAUAAGAAAAGAAAAGACCUGUUAAUUUAUGGUAUUCCAUUUCAAAGUGAUGAAAAUGUUACUGUUCUCGUGAUUGAUUUAAUGUCAAAAGUUGGUUUACAAUUGACAAAGAAUGAUUUCUAUGGAAUUCACAGACUACUUUCUUCAAAAAAUUCUCAAAAUAAAUCACGUCAGGCAAUAAUAGUUGGCUUGCUAUGA